AUGAGCAAUUAUUCAUUGCAAUUAAUUUUGGCUGUAUCUGUUGCAAUCAUUACUUAUGCUAUUUACGCAGUUAAAAAGGACUUUAGCGCUUCUCAUUCACAUAAUAUAGCUAUCGAUGGGUGGUUUGGUCGUGGAAAGAAACGAAAAGAUGAUGAGCGCAUUACACCUUUUAAAAUAAGUGUUCCCGAGGAAGCUAUACAGGAUUUGAAAUUCCGCUUAAAAAAUGCCCGAAUUAAUUAUGAGCCACUAGAAGAUUGCAAUGAUUUCUCAUACGGUUUUAACAGUAAAUAUCUCAAAUAUAUCCAUUUCAUUCAUGCUAAACCGAUGCAUAAUAAUUACGAAGUUAUCGUUCCACUGCUCAUACUGCAUGGUUGGCCCGGAAAUGUGUUCGAAUUUCUUAAAAUCAUUCCUCUGCUGGUGGAUCCAAUUCAGCAGAUUGGUUCUGAUAUUAGUAUAACCUUUGAAAUAAUUGCACCAUCAAUCCCCGGAUUCGGUUGGUCUGCUGCACCAAUAAAAAAAGGAUUCAAUACAGAAGUGGCAGCAAGAAUAUUCAAUAAACUGAUGAUUCGUUUAGGCUUCUCAAGAUAUUUACUGCAAGGUGGAGAUUGGGGAAGUAAUAUAGCUACAAACAUCGCCUUUUAUUAUCCUGAAAAUGUUAUUGGUUUGCAUUUGAACAUGGCGUUAGUAUUUAAUUGGAAGGCGCUGUUGUACACAGCAUUUGGCACUAUAACACCAAGAUUAGCUUAUUCUUCUCAAACAUUUCAUCAACGGGCUACAGGCGCUUUCCUUAAGGAUAUGCUUGAAGAAACGGGAUAUAUGCACAUCCAGGCGACAAAACCGGAUACUAUUGGUGCAGCACUUAACGAUUCUCCAAUAGGUUUGGCAGCUUAUAUCCUGGAAAAGUUUUCAUACGGAACAAACACUACUUAUCGGUCACUUCAUGACGGUGGUCUCACAAAAAAGUUUACAUUGGAUGAAUUGUUGACCAUAGUAUCCAUUUAUUGGUUCAAUAAUAAUAUAAUAAAUGCCAUAAGGCUUUACAAGGAAUAUUUCCAGAAUACACCCAUUUUUAAUAAAUUCAAUCGGUACAUCAGUAUUCCAACCGGUUAUGCCGCAUUCCCGGAAGAUCUGAUGAAGCAGCCAGAAGAGCUAAUGCGUACCAUGUACAACAUAACAAAUUAUACGGAAAUCAAAGCUGGUGGACAUUUUGCUGCUUUCGAAGAGCCGAAACUUCUUGCUAGUGACAUCAUCAAAUUUGUUAAGACAAUUCAACUAGAGUGA